AUGGAUGUGAAGUCAGCCUUUCUUAAUGGCUAUCUAGAAGAAGAAGUCUACAUCGAGCAACAACCUAGGUACGUGAUGAAGAAUCAAGAAGACAAGGUCUACAAGCUGAAGAAGGCAUUGUAUGGAUUGAAGCAAGCACCCAGAGCAUGGAAUGCCAGAAUCGAUGCAUACUUCCAGAAGAACGGAUUUCAGCAGAGUCCGUAUGAGCACUCUCUCUAUACCAAGAAGAAGGAUGGAGACAUUAUGAUCGUAUGUCUCUACGUGGAUGACAUGAUCUUCAUCGGCAACAAUCCAAAAAUAUUCGAGGAGUUCAAGAAGAAUAUGAUCAAGGAGUUCGAGAUGACUGACAUUGGAGAAAUAUCAUACUUUCUUGGAGUAGAAGUGUCGCAAUCAGAGAAAGGAAUCUUCAUCUCUCAGAAGAAAUAUGCGAAGGAGAUCCUCCAAAAGUUCAACAUGAGCAACUGCAAUCCAGUCACAACUCCUGCAGAAGUCGGAGUGAAGCUGAGACGAGAAUCACCGGGAAGCUUUAUUGAUCCAACUCUAUACAAGAGCUUAGUCGGGAGCUUGCGCUACCUAACCAUCACUAGGCCCGACAUAGUGUUCGCGGUAGGACUGGUGAGCAGAUACAUAGAGGAGCCAAGGCAAGAGCAUUUCAAGGCAGCCAAGAGAAUUCUCAGGUAUGUCCGAGCAAGUAUUGAUCAAGGAUUAUUUUAUACACAGUGUGCAGAUUCAAGAUUAGUCGGCUAUACCGACAGCAAUUAUGGUGGAGAUUUAGAUGAAAGAAAGAGCACAUCUGGCUACAUGUUCAAUAUCGGAUCGGCAACAUUCUCACGGUCAUCAAAGAAGCAAUCUGUCGUCGCUCUAUCAAGUUGCGAAGCAGAAUACAUAGCAGCAUCGAUAUGUGCGUGUCAAGCAAUAUGUCUCAGGAGUCUGAUGAAGAAAUUGCAACACCAACAAGAAGCACCAACAGGGAUUCUCAUCGACAACAAGUCAGCUAUUGCACUUGCCAAAAAUCCGGUAGUACAUGGACGAAGCAAACACAUAGAGACAAGAUUGUUAUACCAACAAGAAGCACCGACAGAGAUUCUCAUCGACAACAAGUCAGCUAUUGCACUUGCCAAAAAUCCGGUAGCACAUGGACGAAGCAAACACAUAGAGACAAGAUAUCAUUUCAUCCGACAUCAAGUUAAAAAGAAGACUGUGAUGCUGUCAUAUUGCAAGUCUGAAGACCAAAUCGCUGACAUCUUCACCAAGCCACUAAAGACAGAGACAUUUUUGAAGCUUAAGAAGAAGCUUGGACUUGAGAGAAAUGAAAGUUGGUGA